AUGGAAAAGGAGCUCAUUUGUAUGGUUUGUGAAAAACCAUUUCAAACUCCAGUGAUUCUGCCUUGCACGCAUCACGCUUGUCUAUACUGCGCUGAAACUUUGAUUUCAUACUCUGAUGUGAUGGGUAAAGCAACCGAGGAGAACUGCGAGGCUGAACAGAACGAGGGCCUUGGCAGUGGAAAGGUAGCUAUGGUCUCUUGCCCCGCUUGCGAGAAGAAAAUAUGCAUUGGCAACUGUGAUGUGUAUUCUUUCCCAAAGGAUAAAAUUUUAGAAAAACUUGUGAAUCGAUCUUUUGGAGCAACUUCCGAUAUCCUUUGCCAAAUGUGUGAUGGUAUUCCCCCAAAUGCCGGGACUAUAUCAUGCGAGCAGUGCGAUAUAACCUAUUGCGAGACGUGUUGUAGAACUUAUCACCCUCGUCGAGGGCCUCUGGCCUCGCAUAUGUUAGUAUCACCUUCUAGUCUUGGUAAAGCGAGACAAGAUGUGAUGAAAUGCAGCCAUCAUCGAGAGGAGAAUAUCAGUAUGUAUUGCGUUAAGUGCAAGACUACCGUCUGUUAUCUUUGCGUGGAUAGAGGCAAACAUCGCAAGCAUGAUGUCAAAGCACUUGGCGAAAUGUUCAAGGAACAGAAGGUUAGCCAUAGAAUCUUGAAUGAUCUGUGCCAUUGUAGGUAGUCCCAAUAAUAACAAAACUUCGGUUGAUAGGAACGCCACUAUACCUGAAAAAUACAAGGAGAAUUUCGACGUUUCGAGCGAAGACCCGGCUUCUAACUUCUCGACCUUCGCCUUCGCUCGAAACGUCGAAGUUCUCCUUGUAUUUUUCUGGUAGUGGCAUCCCUAUCAACCGAAGUUUAGUGAGGAUGAGUUUAGAAAAUCUUCUUAAGAUAACCUAAGGCGAAUCAAGAAAAAGAAAGCUAACUUCUCCAACUAUUAAACAUCUUACUAUGGCACUCCAAUCUUCUUAUGCCCAGCUUUAGAGCGAGGUUGAAUUAUUGCAGUUAAACUUUUUUUUAAAAAAUGCUAGAUUGUGCAGGUUUGUUACAACAUCGAGCAUUGUCUUAGUUGCUGGAAAUUCGAAUGAACACGUCAAAAUAAACAACAUAGAACUCAUGCAAGUAUGUUUAGCAGACCAAUUUGCAAAGAAUUUCACAAAGCUACUAACUGACCGCAAAAGUUAAUUGAAAAUUUGUACAACUUAAAUCCUUAUAAAAGUACACGUGAAACAUGACACAAAUUAUUUACGCUAUUCUGUACCAUAUAGCAGAAACUAUUCUCUACAACAGUUGGCUUUAAUAUGGCCUGGGUAUGUGAAACAAAUACCUUAUAUACUGUCAUAGCUGAUUAGUAAUAAGACAAAUAAGGCAGGUGUACUCGGUUUGUUUUGAACAGAUGAUUCAUUCUCAAAUCAUGUGGCUAUCUAUUGUCGGCUCUGCACAUUGUUGUAUGUACAUUUAGUCAUGAACCGCAACAUUGUCGCCAAAACACACAAUAAACGCACCGCCCACGAAUUGUUUGCAAAGUGUAGCGUUGUUGUUUCCGAUCCCUUAGCGUGAACACGCUGCCCUUAGCGUGAACACGCUGUGAAAACGUAAAGAGUAAAACAAAAAUCUCAAUAAUUGAUAAUGUUUGUCUUAACUCUGUGGAGAUGUUUGUCUUCACUUUACGUGUGCCCUUAGAUAAAUAACUUGUUGUUUGAAAUAUACUUAAUUUGUAAACGCGAAUUAUUCUGAUUUAAUGCUAGAAUAAUCUAUACAGACAAUACUAUUAUUGUCUUUUUAAUCCCAAACAACAAAAGCUGAUUUGUACAGGCUUAGCCAGUACUGAAGAAAAAUUGAAACGACUCGGAAAAACAUAUUAAUGAAAUAGACUGGACUAGAGAAUAUAUGUUCGCAUUUAAAAACGUAUUGUCCACAAAACGUGUGCACAAUUUAUAGUAACAGCUUAUUUUCAUUGAAUCAUUAUCAUGCUACGGAAAAAAUAGAAAGAAUACAUGCAAACAUAGAAAUAUCCAUCCCCCACAAUCCAAACUAUUGUACGUAGAACUCUGCUCUGUAGAGGUUCAAAAACAUGCUUGUCAAAGGCGUCAAAAGCAACGGGUGGAAUUGAAAGGAAAUAACAACAUAUACAUACAUUGAUCGAGUAUUGAUCGACCUACGUCCUGUUGCCAGUUAUAUAUAGCAAUUCGUCCUGUUGCCUAUAUAGCAAUUCUUCUUUCUUUGUUUUUGUAAUUCUGUAUGAUCUAGUAAUGUUUAUCUGUACAGUAUAUUCUUUCUAAAAUCCCGCCCCUCAUGGAAAUCAGCUCUGAGUUGUUGAGGCCAGCGUGCAUAAAUAAAUUUUUGUAUAUAUGUAUGCAUGUACGUUUAUAGAACCAAGACUAUCUACCUUUUUUAUUUAUACUGGAUGGAUAGCUCUGAAGGGAAAUUAUAAUCAACUAUAAUCAGACAACGUGUAUAUUUGAGGCCCUUGCCCGCUGAUAGAGGUGAAAGAGCCAUGCACGUGCUCAGGACUGUCAUACCAACACUUUAGGGAUGCGUACCUUAUAUAGACCUGACAUGCGCAAUGGAAACCCUUUACAUAUCAGGAAAUUAAUUUGUUUAGGUGGAACUCACAGGAAACCUAAAACAUUUGUGCGAGAAAGAGAAAGAACUACAAAGUUUUAUUGGAAAAUUAAAUGAGAAACGUGUGGACAUUCAGGUAAAUUCUCUAUUGCUCGUUUGCAAUCGACGCCAUCUUGGUUGAUUUUCGCGGCAACUAAAAAUGUAUAUUCUUCAUUCUUUGUCGUAUUGUGCCAGAAAUCGUAAACUAUCCAUAAUACAGUAAGAUGUUUUCAAAACAAACCAAAAAUAUUAACUAGUAACGAUGUAAACGACUGCACAACACUUUAAAAUCAACCAAGAUGGCGUCAUGUGCAAGUAAAGAAUUCCAGCCUAUCGUUUGAAAGUGGAAAAGCUCUGCUACAAUACCGUGGAGACUCAAACACGUCACUAAGGCUACGUUGACACAAAACCGGAUAGCUUUCUGCAGCGGCGCGAAAAAACACCUAUCUGAUACGGAAUGUACAACUUUCAGAAGCUGAGCGAAACAACGUCUCUCUGUUGCAAUAAUUUCUCUGAAAAUAACGUUCCUAAAACAGUAAAAGGUGUUUUUCACGUCGCUACGAAAAGCUAUCCGCUACAGUGUCAACGUAGCCUUAGUCAUCAUCAGUGACUCAUGGACAACAUAGGGAUACUACAGAAGGAAAUUGGUAUACCUGGAGAAAACCUGCGGAGUUGAACUGGAAGCACUGUUCUGACAUGCGACGAUGGUGAUAGCUAGAUAGUAUACUUCAAAAUAAGGUUUCCGUUUUAAUAGCGUAGAAAAAACUAUCCUAACGCAAAACUAAACCCUAACCCUAAUACUAACCCUCACUCUAACCCUAACCUAACCCUAACCUAAACCCUAACCUAACCCUAACUUAUUUUAGUUAUUUUAAAAAUCGAUAUAAAAACGGAAACCUUAUUUUGGAGUAUACUAUCUAGCAAUUGCCAUGCGACGAUAGGAUAAGUUCUGUUCUGAGGAUAAGUCUUAUAAUCAGACAAUUGCAUAUUUCAAGAAUGACACAUUAACUAACCGCUCAACAUUCCACAAAAAUCGACUCCGUUCUCCUCUUAGGAAAAUGGUUUGGAUUUCGAAGCAAGCGUUGUGGCUCAAUGCGACUCCUUGAUAAGAUUUAUCGAAGGAAAGAAAGUAGAGCUUCUCCAAGUUGUCACAACGGAAAUAAACAAGAAAAUCAAGAAUUUGAAUAAUCAAAUCAAAGACUGUGAAGGAAAAGCGUACGAAGCAAAAGGAUUGACUGAGUACACCAUGGAAGUCUUAAGAGAAGUCGAUCCUUCCUCCUUUCUUUUGGUAAGAGUAUGAAGAUACACGUAUAAUAACAAUUCUCCCAACAGUUGAAGGGGAUGGAAGGGGGUAGAAGCCGGUGGAAGGGGUGAAAUGGGAUGGAAGGGGGGUGGGGCGGAAGGAGGCAGAAAAAGGUCGGGUGGUCUCCAAUAUUUUCAUAGAUUCUGAAAGAUAACGAGGUUUCUUAAACCAUAAAAGACUGAUAUAUAUUUCAAUAAAAACAGGUUUGAAGACUGAAAUUUGCAGGAACAAAAUUGCACCCUCUAUAGAGAUGUGAUUUUCGUACAACGACGCAACACAAACACUAAAAUGCAAUACUAUACAACAGCCUGUUCACGAAAGGUCUCCGUAUAUAUAAUAAGUCCAACAUGCAUAUACCGUUGUUCAACCAAUCCUAUACAGUACAGCUUUCUAGAAUAUAGCUGCCUCCUUCAUGUAUAAGCCCGUGGGAAAUGCUUACGACUGAAUUUAAACCCUGCCAAGCUUAGAUUUGUAUACGUUUCGUUAUUAUUUAGUACCUCAAUCGCAAUGUAAAUUCCAAUGCAUUUUUUUGUUCGCACCACUAGGUUUCAAACUCUGUGAGCCAAAGGUAAGUUCAACUUUUACACACAAUUUUACACGAGGCAGAGAAGUACAAAAUUUACAUUUUGAUCCAAAAUUUUCUGCGACGUAAAGAAGUUGAGAUGUGAGAUCUUCGUUUCAGAGUGCUGACAUCACAACGAGACUGGUAUAAAGACUUCACAAUGGAACCAUCCACAUCAAGCGACAUCAAUCUGACGUUAGAUUUGACUGGAAUACACGAAGCGUUGCAAGAUAUGAAUUUUUAUGAGUUGAAAGGUUAGACAAUAAAAGAUUAUUAUUGAUUCUUGCCUCUGGGGAAAACGUGCCAGGUAUUAUAUAGAUUCUCGGUUGACUGACCCCCCUCCUCCCCAUACUAUGGUACAAGUUGGUAGAUGGGUGGAGGAGGUACAGUGUUUAUAGUCCACGUGCUUUUCACGUUUGUGACACAAGUCCGAUCCUUGCAAUAAAUUAGAUGCAGUUGUAACACCAAUAUUUUACCUCAGUUAAAUGCGCAGGCCGCAGGUAUCUCUUGAUAUUCCGGUUAGCCCCUAUAGAGGAGAAACCUCGAGAGAAAACAGUUUAGAACUGAUUAAGCUAUGCUAUGCAGUAUAAACAAAGGUAUACGACAGUUUGGUUUAGUUUAAAUUAGUUUGAUGGACAAAAUGGCCAUCGUCACUAAGAUUACCUUCGUGUUUCGUUUGUGCAAGCUAUGUCAUUUUUGUCUUAUAAAAAUUUUUGAAUCAAUUUAGCUCCACCGGCACCGGAAUUUUUACCAGACCAAUGUUCAGUGCUGGACGACAAGAUGAUCUUAACAUGGCGACCAGUAAAACACGGGAACCCACAAGGCUUUGUGGUGGAAAUUGAUGAUGGCUCUGGCGGGAAUUUUACAGAAGUGUACAGCGGAAAUAAAACAAGAUGUACCGUCAGUGGUCUGCAGUUUGAUUCCACGUACAGAGCGAGGGUUAGGGCGUACAGUAGUGCUGGUGAAAGUCAGUCCAGCGACGUCGUGUACCUAGGAACACCAGAUGGUAAGAAACUCCUUUGUUGGUUUCUAUGGCGAUAAGUGUUAUUGAUUUAAUAUUGUUUCAAGGUAAUUCGACCCAAAACUUAUACUGUUCUAAAUUGGUUUCCCUAAAGGUCCAUUGAGGACCAUCAUCAAAUGGUCUUAAUACAGGAGGAAACUGGAACACCAACUAAAUUCCUGACAAAGGGCCUUCGCUCGAAACGUCGUCGUUCUGCUUAUGUUUGUCAUGCAGGUAGUUGCAGCUUUUUCCCAAUCCACAGCUGUCUUAUUAUCAUCACUACACUGGCACCCACCGUUCGACAUGUGAUAAGCACCGUGCCAACAAUCGCCUGUAUUCUAAAAGCUCACUCACACUCACAGAGUGGAGGUUCAAUCUGAGCUUGCGUUGAGUGUCAAUGCUGUUUUAAUAGCUGGAGGGUGAGUAUGACACUAGCUAUUCAAAAACAGCACUGACACUCAAGGGAAGCUCAGAUUGAACCUCCACUCUUUGAGUGUGAGCUUUUAGAAUACAUGUGUAAAUGACUUGAAUUAUUAUGACUUCGUCUUGUUGAAGAAAUAGAAAGAUGAGUCAUAAUAUUUAUCUAAACGGACUAAGCAAUCUUCUUCCAUUUUCAGUUGCCUGUUUCACAUUCGACCCAGAGACCGCUCCCUCAGGAGUCGUCCUGACACACGAAAACGAUACAGUCAGCUGUAACUGCAGCGAAAACCGCGUGGUCCUGGGAAACAUUGGCUUCUCAAAGGGAAUACAUUAUUGGGAAAUCACAAUCGACAAGUAUACGAGCAAUCCCGAUCCCGCGUUCGGCGUUGCCCGAGCGGAUACCGAGAAGAACACGAUCCUGGGCAAAGACACCAAAGCUUGGUCGAUGUAUGCUGACGCGAGCCGAAGUUGGUUUCGACACAAUAACGCGCAUUUUCAACGCCACCUUGGCGGGAUUGAGACGGGGGCUGUCGUAGGAGUGUUACUAGAUGUGAAUUCUUUUAGCUUGACUUUCUUCCUCAAUGAUGAAGAGAGAGGGUCCAUACAAUUGCCAAGCAGUGAUGAGAUGUUUUAUCCUGCCGUCAGUUUGAAUAGGAAUGUACAGUUAUCAUUGCAAUCUGGUUUGCGACCUCCUGAUUGUUCUACGGCAUAA